UCACUGUUCGUGCUACCCGAAAGAUUACAGUGCGUUAUCAUAUCAGCUGGAAACAAUCACACCAUUAUAAUGAUACUACAUUUAACCUACAUCAGUAUCGUUGCAUGUUUUAAAAUUUCUUCGGCACAACAAAAAACUAAGAAUUUUGUUCAUAAAACAAAGCUUGGACCCAUACUGGGUGUAGAAAUUUCCAGUUAUGACACUACUGAGUUGUACAGAUUUUUACAGAUUCCGUACGCCCAACCUCCUACCGGCAGACAUAGAUUCGCCAGACCAAUAUCAUAUGGUUCCUGGAAUGGGACCCUUAAUGCUACAGCGUUCGGGCCUGCAUGUCCACAGGUUUAUAAUCAUCAUUUUGUCAAGCAUGGACUGAGUGAAGAUUGUCUACAUUUGAACAUAUAUGCGCCUUCUAAUCUGAAGACUUCGUCUAAAAAGUCCGUGAUGGUUUGGAUCCAUGGUGGAUCCUACAGCGUGGGAACGGCUUCAUUUUAUGACGGAAGUAUGCUUGCAAAAACUGGAAAUGUUAUUGUAGUGACGGUUAACUAUCGUCUGGGUUUGCUCGGCUUUAUGGCUUUGAAAAAUUCCACAGUCAAAGGAAAUUAUGGAUUGUGGGAUCAAAUGUUGGCUUUACAAUGGGUGAAGGACAAUAUAGAUGAUUACGGAGGUGAUAUGAAUAGCAUUACAAUAUUUGGCCAAUCAGCAGGCGGUUUCAGUGUGGGCUUUUUGGCUUUGAUUCCGCAAAAUAAAGGCUUAUUCCACCGCGUAAUAAUGCAGAGUGGAGUUCCCAAUUCACCAUUAAAGGUCACACGCCAAGGUUAUGAUACAUACUCUACAUCUGAAGCUGUCUCCGUGCAUUUGUGUCCAUUUUUCGAACAAAAUAUCUUAAUGAGAAUUAUCUGCAUGAGGUAUUUAUCUUCCAGUUCCUACACUUAUCCAUCCAGCUAUAUUCCCCUCGCACCUGUUGUCGACAACGACUUAUUUCAACAAUCUCCUGAAGAUAUUUUGAAACAUGAGAAUUCCUCCGCCUUUGCCUUUUUUAAGUCUCUAGACGUCAUCGUCACAAAUUGCGACAUGGAAGGAUCCGUUCUCUUUACAGCUAUAGAAGGUUUAGAGCGAUAUUAUAAGAAGAUUGGGGCUUCAUUACGCUCCUCAGACUGGAUAUGGAAUGUUGGACCAGAAAAUAUGUUAAAGGAAUACUAUGGAAGAAACAAACGGCUCUUUUCGGAAAUCAGCAAGUUUUACGGUUUUACAAAGAACAGCACGUCUGAUGAUCAAUUUCGUAAAUGGGCAGAAUUAUUUACAGACCUUUUCUUCAUUGCGCCAUCAACUGAAAUCAUAGACAUACAUUCUAAUAACAAAUCGUCAACAUUUAGGUUUAUUUUAUCAAGGGAGAGUCCCAUUUACCCGGGAUUCAUGUAUAAUGAAUCAGCACCCCCGGGAUGGUUCCACGGUGCUGCCCAUUCUGACGAUAUCGUGUUUCUGUUUUUUAUUGAAAACCUGCAAGAAUUCGAUCCGAACACGACGGUGAAAGCGACAGACGAGGAUCUGUUAUUUGCCUUUCAGAUGAGAAAGUAUUGGUCCAAUUUUGCCAUCACGGGGAACCCAAAUGACCCGAGGUUACCAUUUUGGCCCAGUUAUAACACACAAAACAAAAGAUUCAUACAACUUGGAGAAAAUAUUAGCUCAAAAAUUUCUUACAAAAGCCAGGAGGCGGACUUUUGGUUACGUGAAAUACCAUAUAUUCAGGAUCAGCAUCCUAUGAUCAACACAGAGACAAGCACAUCUUAUACAUCUUCUGCCAAACAGUAUAAAUUGCGGCGUGAGAUCAAAUGUUUGAUGUUUUUCACAUUACUGAUUUUUUGUUCUAAUUUUUAGAAACUAUAUAUAUAUAU